UCAAUCAUAUUUCUAACACGAGCGGUGUGACGUCACGACGAGAACGCGACAGCUGAAGAGUGUCUGUCGCUCAGCAGCUGUCUUCUGUCUGUCUGACAAACAGGUGUGUGAAGUGUCCUCUAUGGGAGACUGGAGCAGCGAUCACAACCGAACAGCUCUCUCACGGUUUGAGGACGAGGGCUUCCGCUUGGCUUUUCUCAUAUCCUUCGUCAGUGUGGUUUUCAUUCUCUUCAUGAGCAUAAUCUUCAUCACUUCCUGUCUGGUGAGCUACGUGAGGCGAGACGAGAGGAGAAAGAUGGAGAGAGCGAGAAAAAGGGAGGAGGCAGAGUUUUGGCAUCAAAUAGACAUUGAGGGUCUGGAGCAGCAGAGAGAGGGGUUACAUGACCACAAAACCAGAAAUAACAACAACAGCACCAGAGGAGAGAGAUGGCACACAGGAACAACAGCGGACAACCAAACAUUUACCCACGAUGACCUGCACAUUCCCUGCAGGUGUCAUCAGCAAGGGGGAGGACAGACACUUCUGUAGGGUGCUACUUGUAGACCAGUUUUGGAAUGGACAGUACUUAUUCAGCUCACCUGCACCACCUGAGAAUUAAACCUUUUAGUUUGUUGUUUUAAUGUCUGCAAAUGUGUGUUUCCCAGCUGUGUUCAAUUGAAUGUUGUUUUGUUUACUCUGUGCAUGAAAUAAAUAUAAUGUAUUGUAACAUAAUACUGCAUACUGCCUACUACAUCAGUAUUUACUGUAUACUGCAUGCUAAUUUCUGAAAAAGUAUGCAAUGCAGUGCACAUUAGGAAACAAUGUCUUAAAUAAAUUUUUUAUAUGGUUA